CCGGCCUCCCCACCGCCGUUUGUCGCAGCUGCUCGCAUGCAAACACGAACACCAAAAACCCUGAUUCCCGUGAAAAAAGGAUGAAUCCCGUCGCAGCCUGCGAGCUCUGCGGAUCUCGUGAGAAUCUAUUAAGGUGCUCUCGGUGUCGACAAGUGUGGUACUGCUGCAAGGAUCACCAAAAGGCGCACUGGAAGAAGCACAAACGUGCCUGCGUCCAGCGGUCCAAUGUCCCCGGUCCGACCCCUGAAGCGCCCGCAACUUCGUUGACGUCUCUGGAUCCAAACAUCGAGGAGCUCCGACUUAGUAAUCAGACCCUGAAUUCUUUACCUUGCGAGGGAAGUUCCGAAAUAGAAAUUCUGAACGCCGUGGCCGAAGUGCUCAGUCCCGAGUUCAUCGAGAGUCUGACCGGACAGUUUCUUUCGGACAACGAUCACCAAGACAUGCCGUACGUGGACAUGAUGGGGAAGGUGGCCGAGUCGGACGCGCAGCCACCGUUCCUGCACCGGAACAGCCGCGAGCAGAAGGGCAUCAUUGACGAAGUCUGCAAGACUGUGAUAAAGGACAUGGACGCGUACGGCAUCUGUGUCGUGGACAAUUUCCUAGGGCUGGACAAGGGCUGUGAGGUGCUGCACGAAGUGCUGGAAAUGCACGAGAAGGGGGUUUUCAAGGACGGGCAGUUGGUCAGCACUCGGCUGACCAGGAACGACCUGAAGACCAUCCGAAGCGACCAAAUCGCCUGGAUCGACGGCAAGGAGGCGUCCUGCAAGAACAUCGGACACCUCAUCAGCCGGGUGGACGCGGUCAUUCUCAGAGCCAAUCAGAUGUCCGCCCACGGCAAACUCGGCAAACAUGCCAUCACUGGCAGAACCAAGGCAAUGGUGGCGUGUUACCCUGGCCAUGGCACCCAGUACGUGAAGCACGUGGACAAUCCGAACAGGGACGGCCGAUGCAUCACUGCAAUUUACUACCUCAAUCAAGACUGGAACAUUAAGAAAGAUGGAGGCUUGCUGAGGAUAUUCCCAGAGUGGAGCGACCAGGUUGCGGACAUCGAGCCGCUCUUUGAUAGGAUUUUAUUCUUUUGGUCAGACAGAAGAAAUCCUCACGAAGUUCAACCUUCCUUUCGAACUAGAUACGCAAUCACCUUGUGGUACUUUGAUGCCCAGGAAAGAGAGGAGGCGUGCCGGAGAUACAAGAAAGAAAGCAGUGCAAGCACUCACCCGAGCACCUCUUGCAGCUCUGCGCCACCUGCCUUGAAGCGGCCGCACGCGCCUUCUGGCAUGUCGACGCCCCCGAAAAGGCGCCAGCGCAACGUCUUUGCUGGCGACGCCGAGGCGCUGCGCCAAUCGUCCUGCCGGGCCCACUGACCCAACUUUGUUCCUUGGCCUUGUUCCAGGGUGCGUGACCUUCAGCAACAACUGAACUGCGACGAAUGUCGUCUCAUAAUGCCUUGCUGCGCUCUGAACGCUGACUUAUAUAAUUAACAGUUUUUUGUACGGCAGGGUGGUCGUUGUUUUAUAUUACAAGAAUUUUGUGUAAUAAGUCGGUGCAUGUGUUAGCCACAUAGGAAUGCAGCUUUGUUGACUGAGAAUUGGUUUGUGAUAUAUAUUGGAGGGGUAUGUCAACAAGAGAAAAAUUGAAUACUUCGUGGCACUGUGAAUGGUACACAAUUAUUUUUUUAAUCAAAUCAAGAAUUGUUGGUAUUAAAAUUAAGCAUAUUUUUCUUUUGAAUUGCCCUUGAAGGGUUUAAGCAGUCGACUCUGCUAGUUGGUUUUUGAAUCUCUAAAAUUAGGCAAAAAGAUUUGACAUACAAGAAAUUGGCCUUUGUGGUUUUGCAAAUCAGAAGCGAAGCUGCAGCAUACCAUGAACUGUAUCGUUACACCCAUUCAACCUUUGGUAAUCAUCAUGUAUCAUAAUAAAUAUAGACUUUCGCCCCAUUAUUGUAAGCUGUUGCCAUUACGUUUUUUAACAUAAGCAGCAUGAAACUACUCGCAAACAAGUUAUAUGAUCCCCCAAUUACGACUCCUGCACAAUUCACCGGCCGACAUUCAAGAAGUCUUUGAUUUUGGUUAAGUUGCUGUCUUUUAUUUCUCAUAAUGCGGGGCCAGAUUUGUGCCACAGAAGCUGGGAAAUUUGCUUUAUUGGACAUGUGAUUCUCAUCGGAGCUGAAUUAUAGCUCAUUUUGUAAAUUAAUCGUCAAAUUAAACUAAAUUGAAGUCUGUUUAGUUUGCUGUUAUUAAAGUAAUACUUUCAUCAAUAACUUACU